UCUUCAAUAAUGGUAGACGAAGAUGGGCUGAAAUUGCACCAGCAACAGGCAUAUGUAUGUUGACGGUGCUUGUGGACAUUAUUCGCUACAACUGGAGUUUUAAAAGUGGAUUCGAUGUAGGAACAACAUUAAUUUAUCUACUCCGGCCAUGAAAAUGCCGUGGAGAGAUCGAAUCGGUGCGAUAUUUCUGUUGGGAUUGCUCCAUGGGCUAGCGGAAAGUGUGGAGAUUGAGUUUGACAGUCCAGUGGAUGGCUUUUUCCUGAAGUCCGUCUACCACAAGAACGAGCCAUGGGACCCGCUAGUGAAGAAAGAAAACUUUGUUAUUACACGUCCAGCAGAAAACUACAACCUCAAGGCAAACAGUGGGCCCUUCGAGGUACACCAGGUCAUACAGGACGAUCUGGUUCACACAUUACUGGACACGCACUCAAUGAGCAAGCCAUCGCUUGUACAUCAUGACGUUGUGUUCAAUCUGGACGUCAGUGCACACAUUAUUUCCGAAACACUUUCACCAAAAUGGCCGAAACUACAGGUCUUAAUUCAUGCUAGUCCUCCUACAAGUUUAAAACCAAGAGGUAGAGGUAAGGUGAAAUCUUCCACCUCCUCAAAGGCAGGAUUUCGUACGACGCCGCGUAUGUGGUGCGGGCAUGUGUACGCGCAGCUCAACAACCAAGAGCUUUCGUCAUUAUGUGUUCUAAGCAACAAAGACAAUGCUUGUGUGGCCAGUUUAGUUAUCCCGGAGAAUUGGUUUCACAGUGAUGACAUCACGGGCGUACCGUUGAUGUAUGUGUCAUACACCUUCUCGCACGCCGACCAAAACCAGGAAUGCGCCAGUGCCUCCAAUUCCAUAGUUCCUGGGCGAUCAUUUGAAAAUUCAUUGACGAACAAGCGGAAAUAUAUUAUGUCAUUGUCUUUAGCUCAUAGAGAUAAUGAAUUUGAAGUGAAAAAAGAUCAACAUAUUCUAAUACACGUGCCAAAGGAAUCCUUUACACCAUCGUCUGUGUUCGAAAUACCUGUGAAGUUGGAGGCUAACUCAGAUCUUCAGGUGUUUGUUAUGAGAGCUAAAGUGCGGAAUGGAUUAAAGAUUACAGGCGCUAUAGCAGAGGCGGAUGGACCCUGGCAGAUCCAUGUGGAUAUCAACGAACGACAGCGAGUCGGAACAGUUACCGCCCGGAUACAUGACAUUGCAAAGUACUUGGCUUCCGACAAGGUGGAGGAAAUUUUCAAAUGGCGGGUAGAAGUGGAGGACACAGGAUCCAACAUAGGAAUGGGAAGGAUCAUUUGGAGUAUUGAAUACGAACGGGACCAUCAUCGCCACGAGUCCUACACGUCACAGGGCCUGGGCUCACGAAUCGUCUCACGCAUCAACAUACGGAGUCGAGAACAAGAGAGGAUUGUCCCCAUAUUGAAGGUCAGCGAAAUCCUGAACUUUGCUCUCCUGACGGAACGAAAACAGGUGUAUCCCCUCAGAGUGUACAGUGUUAAGGAAACGGAUGAACUGAGGGACAUCUCUGAGGAGACUGCCUGUCAUUCAGCAGAGGAGGAGGUCCUCAAGGUGGCAUCCAACUGCUCGUCAGUGUUUGUGGACGGAACGGAGAGGCGAGGCUCACACAAUGUCACCAUCAUCACCAAGUCUGGACGCAAUACAGCAUUCAUCAAUGUUAGAGUAUGGAUACCUGCUGAACACCUGGAUGUACAGUUAUCAGACGACAAACUGAGUCAGGUUCGAGGCUGGAAAGUAUCACAGCGACAUCAGUCCCGCGGCAACCGCAGGGGCAGAACCAGGAAUAAAAGACUUGUUGAUCAGUAUCCUUCGAUGAAAAAAUAUCGGAAGUUCUCUCGUGGCGGCGGCGGUGGGGGAGGGAGCUGUCAGCUGCGUCACCAACAGGCCACGGUAGAGGUGUACGCCCAGUUUUAUAUAUCCACGCAAAAUGGGCCAGACUUCUUUAAGAGCAAACAGGCCUGGCUAACUGUCACUGAUAUGGUCUUGGACAAACUCCGAGUAACUGACCCUCGCGUGGUUAGUCUGAACAAUGCUGUCAUCCAGGGUCAAAGUGUUGGCAGGACAGAAGUACAAGUUAUGACCCCGAUGCGUAGACUGAUUGGUGGUAAGGAGGUCCGUGUCAGCAACGACAAGGUUUCAGUCGAGCGACUCAUCAUCACCUUGGUUACUGGGAUAACUCUAGAGAUCCACAUUUCUCAUGAGAUCCCUGGAGCCCUGACAGCAAUCUCACACAUACAGGGUAGACUGCACACCAAGUACCAGGAGGCAGUGUUGGACAUUUCUAUACAAUAUUCCGACGGCACACAGUUCCCCCUGGAGAAAGUGGAAGGGGAAGAUUACGUCCUGGAUGUAUCCACUCUUAACCACUACGUCAUUGGCAUGGCCCCCUACACCAAACAGUACCAGCCACGCAUCGUCGCAUUGGGUCAAGGUCGUGGGGAACUUCUUAAGGUCAUGCUAAAGCUGGGUAACGAAUGUGCUAGAAAAAGGUCAAGGUCUGUAUCCGUGAGCUACGUAGUCGUGGAUUCUGAUUUCUCUCCUGGCAACCGUUUAUAUCAUGAUCGCCUGGUCAGUGAUGGUCACUACGACGAUAAUAGAGCGAGUGAUCGAAGAGACUCUCACGGCAUCAGUAUCAACAGUAAAAAGUCUCAUUACGAUUUCCCACGUAUCAGUGACAAAGACAAAAACAUAGAUAUGGAUGGUAAAUUUGGAAAGAAAUUCUCGAAAAAAGAUGAAAGUGAUUCUGGUGUAAUUCCUAUUGGUAUUGACCUGGCUGAGAAUCUGCGGACUCAGGAAAGUCCACAAACAAAACAAGAACCUGUUCGCCAGGAGGAAAUAGCUAUGUUAUCUCCACUGGAAAUUGGAAUGUAUGUCCUGCUGGCAGUGUUCUGUGUAGCUAUCUGUGUGUUUCUUGUCAAUUGCAUUGUGUUCAUGGUUCGUUAUAAACGCAAGCAUGUACCUAAAGGUAAGCGAUUGGAGACUGUAGCCCAAGCUAACGACUGGGUGUGGAUAGGGCGUGCUACAUUGGAACGUAACGCCAUCAACACUAAGUGUUCACAGACGCUGAUGCCAGCCGAGGACUUCAAUGGUAACCACACGCCAGUGGCUGGUGGAAGUAGUCAAAACAGCAGUGGACAAAAUUCAGCUGAGGCCAGUAAUCGAAGCAGUUUUGUGUCAACCAUAAAAGGGUCGGAAUGCAGCAUCCGUAUCACGGCAAAUCCACUGUUGGAGGCUUCAAACGCUACGUCUGCAGUAGGCGAGGAGAUAGAGAACAAUAACCAGCAUCGUCAGCUGCAGCAGCACCUGGACCCGGAGUGGGACUAUGAGGCCAUGGGCAUGACCUAUGACCAGCUCGUUGACUACUUCGAUAACCUCAAAGAGUCGACGGCUUAGUUCUCACAACAAUCAUUGACAAAUUUCAUUUUUUGUGUGCGACAGAUGUUAGUUUUUCGUCGCAAGUGGAUGAAAGUUAUGAAUAUAUAUGUAAGACAAUACUUGUUCAUUUUAAAAUAUGGCUAUCUGACACUGGUGACAAUACGUUCCAAAACUGAAAGAUUUGACAGAUUAAGCCAAUUCCUUGCUGACCGUCUGACAAUAUUCACUUUGUCAGGAGUUAGUGAUUCAAACAGGAAAACACUUGUGUAUCUUGAAGACUUAGAUCUGAUGAACGCUUAAAGAAUUUAGUUUUUUGUUCGAGAUAGAUUGCGUUUGUAAAAAGACAAGAUCAAUGCAAGAAGUAGAUUGUGGAUAGGGAGUGCUUCCAUCUGUGUUGUGAUUACUGCAAAAACUAACCGGCAAUAUUUGCUGGACACAAUAAUUGUAAGCCUGCUACCUCUUGGGCUAGGCAAUAGGAUAUGACACCCCUUGGAUACUGACUUGCUCUUUAUGAACUGUAGGAGUAAAGGGACAUCUUUUACAUUUGCGAAACAUGGCAAAUGUUUUUGAGGAAGAUCAAAAGAAAACAUUUUGCACCCCCCUUCCCCCCCUCAAAAAAUUUGAAUACCAGUAAUAAUUUAAAUCAAAUUUGGUAUUGGACAAAUACACCUUGUUACCAUGACGAUUGGAUGAAUGUAAGUGUUAUAAGGUGAUGAUGAUUCAAAUUAUAUGAUAAUUACAUAUGUAUGGAUUUUGUUAUUUGCUCGUGCUCGUGUUGAAAAAAAUUAUUUGAGAAAUUUAUAGAAGAGAAAAAUUGUUCUGUGAAUUAAAUGAAAUGCAUAUUAUGAUCACCUGUUGCUUCAAUUCACGACCCAAGAUACUGAGAGAGAAAUAUGUGUACCAAAGUUAGCUUGCCAAUUAUCUGUCAUAUUAAUUCAUGUUUCAUGUACAACACUUUUAAACAUUAUUUGCAGACAUUUAUAUUAGAACAUGUUUAUAGUCAUGUAACAUAACACAUCACCUUAACCUCACCACAACCUAUGUUUUCAUGCCCAUCGUCCUCCGCUCCUCAAAAUAUGUUUAAAAUAUCCAAAAGUUGUCCUGUAUCUAUUGAAACAGACUGUCAAAUAAACAAAAGGCUAUAUGAGUGUUUCGGAGAAAGACAUAAGAUUUUGACAAGUUUAAUAAUAUUGAAGUAGCCUAGGGCAAAAACAAAUGACCACUUUUUAUGAUCGUAUUUGUUUACAAAAUAGAAUUUAUGAUUAAGGUACCAAGUUAAAAAAAAAAAAAAAUAUCAGAAUUUAAUUUCAUAAAGCACAAUUCUUUUAAUGAAAUUUAUACAUUUUCAAAUUUUCAAUUGCGAAUUAAAUCUCAAUCAGGUAUGAUAUAGUUACAUUUUACCACUGACCAUUAACUCAUUCACCCCUGAAGACACAUUUGAACUCAUCCAAUUCAAAGGGUGGAAUACUUCAUUAUGAAACUUCAGGGGUGAAUGAGUUAAGCAAGUGGAAGAGUAUUUGUUGAAGAAGGGUGUCACACUGUGAUGUCACUGUUAUUUAUUCAUUAUUUAUUACAUUGUACUAGCAGCAUUGGUUUGUUAGCAGCAUAUUUAUAUAUUGAAGAGAGGUACCAGCUUUGAUUCGAUCGAUCAGUGUAGCUUGGAGUGGGAGGUGUAUAUAUUAUAGUGGUAUAUCUGUUAUAUGUAUAUUGUGUCUAGUUGACCAUGCAGAUCUUGACAUAUUAACACACAAUAUAACAGGAUGUGUACUUUACCUGGAGUCAAGAAUACUCAGUUUCAUAUUGUUUCAAAAUGUUUGUCAUGACCUUGGAUCAAAGGUCAUGUGCCAGUAACUUUGACCUUAAGGUCACUUCAAACAUGGAAGUUGAUGUUGACAUGGUGCAUGACCUUUUGGCCUUGACCACUGUUAGUGGCUUCACAUUAACCCUGAGGUCUCAAUCAUGAUACUUGUGAUACUGGCUUUGACAUUUGACCCUCGAGUUUCCCUGACCUUCAGGGGUCAACCAGUGCACAUUUCAUAGCCGUUUCCCUCUUGGUAUAUAACUGUGUACUAUUCUAGAUGUCAUAGUUGUUAUUGUACAUAGUUGAUAUGUACUUGCAUCUUUGAGCCAUGUCCAUUGUCGCAUAAGACUGUUUGAAAAGUAUUUCUCCUCAUUUAUCCAUUUGAACAAUGAUGAUAUUGUCAGAGAAAAAAACUUAUAAAAAGAAAAUAAAAACACUUUCAGUAAAUGAAGUAAAUUAAACUAUUAUCAGAAAAAAAAUCUCAAAAAAAAUUAAUUAAAAAUACUUCUAGUUAAUGAAGUAAAUUCAAUAAUUGUCAUGAUUUUCAACAUUGUUAAACAAAAAUUAUAACGGUGUCAGAAAAUUUUAUUUUUUAUUUUCUUUAUAUAUCAUGUUAUACAAAUCCCAAACGACUGGCUGGAGAUGUCUUCAUGAUAGACUGUAAGUGUGAUUUUAUAAGAAUGAGUGAAGUGUUGAUUCCUUGUACUAAAUAUAGGUCGAGAUGGAGUAGUUUUAAAUGAUCAAUCUAUAUGCUUGUAUAUGUAUUUAUAACAGUAUACCUAUGUUUUCAUAAUGCAUAACCAUUAAUUAUGAUGUGCCAUUUUGCUACAGAUGAUUUUCUUUUGUAUAUUUGCAAAUAGAUUUCAAUGCAAUCUAUCUUAGUUCAUGAAGGCAAUGCCAGCUGAAUUCACCUUCGAUUGAUUAGUUUUUAGCAAUGAAUUAAUCCUUGGUUUUUUUGAUAAAUAUUUAGAGACAUUUUUCUUGGUUCAAUAGAUUAGCUUUUAGAUCUGAUUAUAGAAAAAUAUUUACCAAUAUGUGGAGUCAGUGGUAUUUAAGUGCUUGACAUGUUGUUUGCUGGUCAAAUACCAACAUCACAGAAAGAAUCUCAGACAAGUUAAAGGGUUUAUUUAACUUUUAAGAAUAAAAAGAAUAAAACAAAUCUGGUGCUUUUUUUCUUCCCAUGUGCACUGCUCGUUUUACUGAUGGAAGGGACAUAACUCCAGUUUAAAAUACUGCCUACGGUUUGUGUUCUGUCACUGAAGUUUUGUUUUUAAAACAUCGGAUUUUUAAAUAAUUUCAUUUAGAAACAGAAGCUAUGUUGAAAUAUGUUCAUUGUGAUAUGACAAAUAUUUUAAAACCAUUUUUCUUUCGUUACACAAUUUUUGUUUAUGUGUAAAGUAAUUGUAAGUAUCUCUCCCGUCUGUUGGUGUAUGUUUCACAAUUUUUAAACGAUUUACUUUGAUGUACCUUGUUAAUGAAAUGCUUCAUGUGCAAUUUAGAAAAUGGAAUAUUUAAUGUUUAUUUGCUUUGUUAAUAUGGCUUUGAAACCACUCUGAUAGUUGCUGUUUGUAUAUACAGUAUAUAUAUAUAUAUAUAUAUAUUUGUUAUGUUUUUUGUGUGAGAGAGAGAGCUCGCUCUAGCAUUGCAAGACGGAGCUGUUUUAUGUAUCAAAUGUACCCUCUUGUAGAUAAUCAUGGUUAUUGUGCAUUUAUAUAAGGUUAAAUAUUGCAUAUUUCCCCUAGCAAUUUGUCAAACAACUAUGUCCUGGAGUAUUUUCGUUCCUGAAUAAUUUGUGGAAAGACGCACUUAAAGAACCUCGAGAUCCAGGUUUGGUUUCUCCAAGUUAUAUUCUAUCUUGAACAUUUCCCUCUAGGAAGCAACGUUUUCAGAUUAUCAUUGUUAGGGUAACAAGUUUAAUUGAAUUUAAUUCAAACACACACACAACCUCUCUAUCUGACCCGUGAAUCUUUUGUAAAUUAGUUUCAUCUUCAGCAACAUAGAUCUAUGUUUCCCGUCAUAUGUGUAAAUAAUCAUGAUACUUUUUCAACUCCCUAUCGUGUAAUGUACUAGAUGUAGCGUUGUGUAUCGGUAUUUCAGAGGUUGUACUAUAUUAGUAGACUCUGUCCUCUUUCUGACCACCGUUAUUGUCACUUUAAAGAUCAUUUUGAUAAAAAUUGAAUUCUUUGAUAUAAUCAAAAAUAUGACCAAAAAAUCACCAUCCCUGCUAUAUGUACAAAAAUAAAAGUACAAUUUCAAUGCUUUUCAAUUGAUACGUUUUUCUGAAUUUCUUAAUAUCUGUAACAAAAAAAGAUCUCUAGUAAGUUUUAACAGAUCAAUGUAUUGAAUUUACAAGUAUUUAGCAAUGUAUGAUGUUAACACAAAAGUGGUGAAAAUGUUGUUGAAGCAUAAUUGAAUGUUUUUGAAUUACAUCAGUGUAAAUUGAGUUAGCUGUGACCCGCCCCAAAAGGGGCUGUGUGUCCUUUAUAUUACCCCAAGGGAAUUGUGACGAGGCCCCUAGAAGGGUUUGUUGUGUUUUUGUUACGUACCAACGAGAUCUUACUGGUCUGGUACAAUGUCCCACCAUUGGCUUGUGAAAUCAACUGUGUUGUUUGUAUACGGCUUUGUAUAUGUUUGAUGAUGUAUGUAUAUUAUACUGCUAAACUCCAUCACCUGUACCAUAUAUGGAAUUAGCAUUAUUAAAAUUGUUAUUUUUAAGAAGAAAU